AAGUGACGCAUUAAACCGUCACCACGAAUCUUGAUCUCGUCAAUCGCCCCCCACCACGAUUUUCUUUUUGGCCAAAAGUUACGAUUAAAAUAAUGAGGCUUAAGGCUUAGGCCUUUGGCUUUGUUUUAGUGUCUAAGAUUGCGCUUUGUUUGAUAUUUGAGAAGGCGCUUUCUUUAUUGUUUGUUAGUUGGAUCGUUUGCGUCCGGACCCUGAAAGUUUGCAUGGCUGAGUUUUCAAAGUCUGAGCAAUAAAUGAUCUAAAAAGCAAUUAAAGAAUACUGAUUUAAAAAUUCAUUGUUGGUAACGUAUUGUCAAACUACCCUUUCCCGUUAUGAGUGGAGCCCCCAAAAAAGUCUCCCUUCUUACGAACUUUAGCCACACUUUCUCGAAUAUAAGCUUUUUAAGCAUUAAAAAAACAGACCAAUGGGUGCAACGCAGAAGAUCUGGACCGCCAUGGAUGUCGCAGCAAGCCAAGCUAAGCAAAACAACAGCAAUUCAACUGUCGACGAAUCAAUCCCUCACUCUCCUCUCUCUGUCGAUUCCGCUCUUUCUUUUUCCGUCAUGGCCCCUCGCGUCAUCGAGUUGUGUAAGGAUCUGUUUGGGAAAUGGGCGAAGCUGAACGAUUCUUGCUUCUCAGUCGAGACUGUAUCUGGCGGCAUCACGAAUCUUCUGCUAAAGGUUUCUGUGAAGGAAGAAAAUGGUGAUACUGUGGCUGUAACAGUUAGACUAUAUGGACCUAACACAGAAUAUGUCAUCAAUCGUGAACGUGAAUUACAGGCAAUCAAAUACCUCUCGGCUGCCGGAUUUGGUGCCAAGUUGCUUGGAGUUUUUGGAAAUGGCAUGGUGCAAUCUUUUAUAAAUGCACGUACCCUAACUCCAUCAGACAUGAGGAAGCCAAAGCUGGCUGCUGAAAUUGCAAAGCAACUUCGUAGAUUCCAUCAAGUGGAAAUUCCGGGCUCUAAAGAACCUCAGCUAUGGGUUGACAUCUUCAAGUUCUUUGAGAAAGGGUCUUCUGUUGCAGCAUCUACUCUCCAGUUUGAAGAUAUUGAUAAACAGAGGAUAUAUGAGAAAAUUUCGUUUAAGGAAUUGCAUAAGGAAGUUACGCAGCUGACGGAAUUGACGGGCCUUCUUAAUGCUCCGGUGGUGUUUGCUCACAAUGAUUUACUUUCUGGAAAUUUGAUGCUUAAUGAUGAACAUGAUAAGCUCUACUUCAUAGAUUUUGAGUACGGAUCAUACAAUUACAGAGGCUUUGACAUUGGAAAUCACUUCAAUGAAUAUGCAGGCUAUGACUGUGAUUAUAGUUUGUAUCCUAGUAAAGAUGAACAACAUCAUUUUUUCAGGCAUUAUUUGCAACCUGAAAAACCAUAUGAGGUAUCAGAAAAAGAUCUUGAAGCUCUCUAUGUCGAGACAAACACAUUCAUGUUAGCUUCACACUUGUAUUGGGCUUUAUGGGCCCUAAUCCAGGCAAGGAUGUCUCCCAUCGAUUUUGAUUAUCUUGGUUAUUUCUUCUUGCGGUAUAACGAAUACAAGAAGCAGAAGGAGAUGUGCUUCACACUUGCACAAUCUCACUUAUCAGGAUAUGGAACAGCAUAAGAUUGUUGGUGUACAACGCGCAAAUAGCAAAAUUCUGUAGGUUAUGGAUUUGUAGGGAGAGCAUUUUGAUUCCUUUUGUUAGUAUUGUUGUAUAAGAUUCUUUUGUAUCCAUUUAUGAGAAACAAAGUUGAAAAACAAAUUGAAAAUAAAGCAAUUUUAGGGCCAUCACUAGUUCAGCGGAAGAUGUUUCUCACACCCUAGUAGGUCCAAAUAGCUGGACAGUCGCAUUUGCCAUUUCGGUAUCGCCUAGGAUGUAUCCUUUUAUCUUUGAUGAUCUUGCUGGACUCCAUUUCAAUUCUCAGAUUUCUCAAUCUGGCAGUGUUUUGCUUAACAGGAUUCAAAAGCAAGGUGUACUUGGCGGGUAAUCAGCUUCAUACUGUUCAUUACAUGGAUACCUUUGGUAUUUUCUCUGCAUUUUUCCUCUUUUCAUCACAUUGUGGCUCAUCUAUUACGAUAGCAGCAG